AUGAUUUCGCUACUACUACUUUUCUAUCUUCCCAUCGUUUCUUCCUCCUCACAUUUCCGGCAAUGUCUCUAUUCAACGGAUCCAAGUUUGGUUCCAGUUGAGGAACAGCUUUAUCUCUGCUCUGGAUUAGGCUAUGCUAGUUUGUUGCUUUGCUUAGCCGAUGUUCUGGAAACGAAUCGCCAUCUCCUGGGCGACAUUUUGGAAGAGAGCCACAAGGUAUCGAGAAUAAUUGAGUGCCUCCGCGACUAG